AAAGCACCUAAAAUCCAGAAAUGCCAACUGCUUAAAAAUUAAAAAAACAAUUUCUUUUCUGCAUGAACCGUCCCUGUGGCGUCUUUUCACGUUUUCCGUAACUCACAUACAACGUAAAGAUGUCGGGAGGUCUAGAAGUCCUUAGCCUUAGAGAGGACGACGUUACCAAGAUGUUGGCGGCCGGCACACAUCUUGGAACGACCAACGUUGAUUUCCAAAUGGAACAAUAUGCCUACAAACGCCGUGCUGAUGGUGUGCACAUCAUCAACUUGCGCAAAACGUGGGAGAAACUCCUGCUGGCCGCACGUGCCAUCGUUGCUAUCGAACACCCAGCCGAAGUUUUCGUAAUUUCAUCCCGUUCGUACGGGCAGCGUGCUGUACUGAAAUUCGCCGCACAUACCGGCGCAACUCCUAUUGCCGGAAGAUUUACUCCUGGUGCGUUCACGAAUCAGAUUCAAGCAGCUUUCCGUGAACCACGUCUGCUGAUCGUCACCGAUCCAGCUUUCGAUCACCAGCCCAUCACGGAAGCCUCAUACGUCAACAUUCCCGUCAUUGCACUUUGCAACACCGACUCUCCUUUGAGGUUCGUCGAUAUUGCCAUUCCCGGCAACAACAAAUCUGCCCAUAGCAUCGGUCUUUUGUGGUGGCUGCUGGCUCGUGAGGUGCUCCGUCUCCGCGGAAUCAUCCCGCGUGACACGAAAUGGGACGUGGUUGUCGACUUAUUCUUCUACCGCGAACCCGAGGAGGCCGAGAAGGAAGAACAGGCCGCAAAGGAAGCCGUCGCUGUCGUUAAACCACCACCGGAAAUUGUUGCACCCAUCGAUACUCAAGAACUCGAUUGGACUACAACUGAAACAACCGAAUGGACCGCUGAGCCCGCCGUUCCUGUUCCUCCAGUCGCCGGUGCACCGGCUUUUCCCGCACCCGCUACUGAUGACUGGGCGACCGAAGUUGCACAGGAACAGUGGUCUGCUACCAAUACACCGGCUCAGCCGGCGGCGCCUAACUGGGGGGGAUCCACCGAUUGGCACUAAGGUUUUACCUUUUGACGUGAAAUACACGAUUUUGUAUUGAAUAAAGAUUCUGGACAUGUU